AAGAAGAAGAGGGAGUGGAAGCUUCUAGACGCCCGAGCUUCGUUAGCUUCUCUUCCUUUAUCCCCGUGACUCUGUGUUCAGGUUUCCAGCAGAAUGUCCGCGGUUAAAGCACUAAACCCGAAAGCAGAGGUGGCCCGGGCUCAUGCGGCCCUGGCCGUGAACAUCAGUGCGGCCCGGGGACUUCAGGACGUGCUGAAGAGUAACCUGGGGCCGAAGGGGACAAUGAAAAUGCUUGUGUCUGGUGCAGGAGACAUCAAGCUCACCAAAGAUGGGAAUGUUCUGCUGCAUGAGAUGCAAAUCCAGCAUCCCACUGCUUCAUUGAUUGCCAAGGUGGCCACAGCACAGGAUGACAUCACGGGAGAUGGCACAACAUCUAACGUGCUCAUUAUUGGAGAGCUCCUCAAGCAGGCGGACCUCUAUGUUUCUGAGGGUCUUCACCCCAGGGUAAUCGCAGAGGGAUUCGAGGCUGCGAAGGAAAAAGCCCUUGAGGUUCUGGAAGAGGUAAAGGUCGUGAAGGAGAUGGACAGAGAGACUCUCAUCCAUGUAGCCAGGACCUCACUCAGAACCAAGGUCCACGUGGAGUUGGCCGAUUUACUUACAGAGGCUGUGGUGGACGCUGUGCUGGCCAUCAGGAAACCCAACGAGCCCAUCGACCUCUACAUGGUGGAGAUCAUGGAGAUGAGACACAAAACCGACAGCGAUACACAGCUGAUCAGAGGAUUGGUGUUGGACCAUGGAUCUAGACAUCCUGACAUGAAGAAGAGGGUGGAGGACGCUUUUAUUCUCACUUGCAACGUUUCUUUGGAAUAUGAGAAAACAGAAGUGAACUCUGGGUUCUUCUACAAGAGUGCAGAUGAGCGAGACAAGCUGGUCAAGGCUGAAAGGAAGUUCAUUGAAGAUCGUGUGAUGAAAAUCAUUGAUCUAAAGAAUAAAGUGUGUGGAGACACUAAGAAAGGCUUUGUGGUCCUCAAUCAGAAGGGUAUUGAUCCAUUUUCUCUGGAUGCUUUGGCUAAAGAGGGGAUUGUGGCUCUGCGCCGAGCAAAGAGGAGGAACAUGGAAAGGCUGUCUCUGGCCUGCGGUGGCAUAGCUAUGAACUCGGUGGACGAUCUCACUCCUGAGUGUUUGGGACACGCUGGGCUUGUGUACGAGCACACACUGGGAGAGGAGAAGUACACGUUCAUUGAGAAGUGUGGAAACCCUCGCUCCGUGACCCUGCUGGUGAAAGGGCCCAACAAGCACACGCUCACACAGAUCAAAGAUGCGGUCCGAGACGGGCUCCGGGCCGUCAAAAACGCCAUUGAAGACGGAUCUGUUGUGGCCGGGGCCGGUGCGUUCGAGGUGGCUGUAGCGAACGCUUUGGUCAAUCAUAAGCCCAAAGUAAAGGGCCGUGCCCAGCUGGGGGUGCAGGCGUUUGCUGAUGCCCUCCUCGUCAUCCCCAAGGUCCUGGCUCAGAAUUCAGGCUACGACCCUCAAGAGACUCUUGUGAAGCUCCAGAGUGAAUUCAAGGAGUCCGGACAACUGGUGGGAGUGAACCUGAACACAGGUGAACCCAUGGUUGCAGGAGAGGCCGGUGUGUGGGAUAACUACUGUGUGAAGAAGCAACUGCUCCACUCCUGCACUGUAAUUGCCAGCAACAUCCUUCUGGUUGAUGAGAUCAUGAGGGCUGGCUUGUCUUCACUCAAAGGAUAGUCCAUCAUCAGGAAACCCGCCGUCAUCCCGCCUGGACUCGAGACCACAAUCCUAGGCUGUUAACAACACACUUGUCUGCUCAUUGUAUGUGUCCAAGCAGUUUUGUCCAUUUUCUGACCUAGGAAAUGUUACUCCUUCCAGUCAGUUGGUUUAUUUAAGAAAUUGUUGCAUAAGCACUGAAUUGCAAUACACACUUUCUUUUGUACCCAUUAAACAGUUUGCUUUUU